GACGAAACCGACUUUCAAAUUGCUUUUUCUAGUUGCAGGUCUAUGGGUACUACCUGCUACCGCUAUCAUAAACUGUUUUUCCUAGCCAAAACUGAUAUAUUUCUAUCUUCUACCUUUUUUUCUCUAGAACAAAUACAAAAAUUUACCUAUAAAAUAACGAGUUACGAAUCUCUUUCGCAGGCCUCAAUUUAUCUGCGUUGAAAGACUUUCAUUAUUUAUUAUUCCUAGGAAUUCUAAUUGAAUCGUUCUUUUCGUAGUAAUACUCUUUACUAUAUCAACAAAAAUUAUGACAACUACACCUUCUCCUUUUGAUCUCAGCAAUAUACAAUGGCGAAUGCCUGAAUGGGUACAAUCCGUAGGAGGUCUGCGGACCGAAAAUGUUCUUGAUUACUUUUCAUUUUCUCCCUUCUACGAUCAUAAAUCCAAUAAUCAGAUGCUAAAAAUGCAAUCGCAAUUCAACGCUCUCGAUUUGGGUGACUUAAAUAAUCAUCUAAGAAGAUUGACUGGAACACAAUUUGUCGUUACUCAUGAAAGGCCUCCGUUUUUAUGGAUUAUUCAAAAACAACACCGACUCAACGAGCAAGAAGUAAAACCUUUAAGUACUUAUUUCGUUUGUAAUGAAAAUAUUUACAUGGCUCCUAAUGCAUAUACUUUGUUAGCAACUAGAAUGUUGAAUGCGACUCAUAGUCUUCAAACAGCUUUAAAAAAGAUUGAAAAUAUCCCUCAAUAUCAUCCUCAAGAAGGAUAUACAUAUCCUCAGAAGAUUUCUGAUAAUCCGAGUUCCCAAGGCAAAGACUUACAGGAAACAAAUAAAAACGAAAACACCAAUGCAGAAAACAAUGUUGAUUAUACCUUUUCCGCUGAAGACUUUUCAGUUGUGCGAGCCUUCAUGAUGAGUCUACAAUCUCUCCAUAAUCCUGCUCAAACUCCCUCUAAUCCUUGAAAUCCACAACUCCGCCCAAAAAAGGUGACAUAAAUAGAUGAUCAAAAAGGUAUUAUUAAUAGAUAAAUAAAUAAUUUAAUAAGCGU